CACGCGAACCGUCAACUUCAUCCACUCUAUCCCAAUAAUUCAGUAAUUACUGUGUAUUAUCUAUACCUAGUGUCGACUAAAGCCCAACUAACCAGCGAAUCUCAAUGAUUGAAGAAUUAUUCAACGAGCAUCUCAGUGGCGUAAAAAAUGCAAUGCCUAUUAAACGCAGAAAUUAAUUCCAAUCGAUUCCAAUGAAGAUGAAUGAGUAAAUAAAAUAAAGCCGUAAAUCGGUUAGCAGUUAUGUUAUUUGCAGUUUGAUCAGUCGUUUAUGUAAAAGAAAAGUUGAGCUUUCUUUUAUGCAAUCAUGAUAUCCCUCGGAGGUAACGAUAAUUCGAUGAGCAUUUUCCCGAGCUUAUCGAAAGCCAACGACUACUCGUAACAUUAGAGAAAUUAUCAUAAAUGUUGAAUUUUUCUAUUCGUAUCAAAGAGAAAUCGUAAAGUUUAAUCUAAUACCCAUUUCAAAGGGUUUCUUUAGGAGAUAAUCAGAAUCAGGUAGGCGAUUAACAUUUAAACAACUCUCGUGGCUUUGGUGGGAGUGAAAGAAAUUGUGAAUGAAUGCGAAUUUCUUGUGCUUUAAUUGAGCAAUCGGGAAUUAUGGGUUUGAAGAAUUUGGGGUUGGAUUACUCUGGAGUCCUUGCACCUGACAAUUUUGAAUACCAGAAGGAUCAAUCGUGGGAGCGAAAGUCGAUGGCUUCGAUGCAGAAGGUACAGAUUGCUGGAUAAAUGAAUUAUUGGAGUUUGAAAUGAUAUCGAGGCAAUAAGAAGAGAAUCUCAUAGUUAGUCAAGAGGAAAAACUCACCGCGAAGGUCGAACCAGAGAGAUGAUGUCCUUCCCAUCCCUGGAAGCAACCGAAUGAAAGGAUUGAGAGAACGUGACGGGUACUAAAUGAUGCGUCCCUCGAGGAAAGUACAAGCAUGAGCUCCAUACAGACAAAAUUGCUCAACUUAUCAAGCGAUGCAGUGCUGGAACUAGGCUGUGAUAACACAAGCCAACCAAUUCCAACCGACGAAUCAAUGACCAAUCCAGUCUGUCUGACUCAUGCACCAACACUGACCAAUGGUGCAUACAUCAAGGCAAUAGUUCUAGGUGUCAUGGGUGUGUUCAGUCUAAUGGCUAAUUCAGCUACUAUUUUGUCCAUAACGAAAAAUCGUCGAAAGCAUCAUGGAUGUUCAGCUGUGUACACUCUGAUACUCCAUUUGUCUGUAGCUGAUCUAUUUGUGUCGGUCUUUUGUCUCGUUGGUGAUGCAACCUGGAGCUACACUGUUGACUGGCCCUGGGGAAAUGUUCCUUGUAAAUUAUUCAAGUUUCUCCAGAUGUUCAGCCUCUAUCUCAGCACCUUUGUCCUGGUGCUCAUUGGAGUUGACAGAUUCAUCGCUGUUCGCUAUCCUAUGAAGAGUCUCAACACAGCCCAACGGUGCAAUCGACUCGUUCUCUCCAUGUGGAUUCUUGCUUUCGUCCUCAGCAUCCCACAAUCCGUGAUUUUUCACGUGUCACGCGGACCUUUCAUUGAAGAAUUUAAUCAAUGUGUGACUCACGGAUUUUACACCGAGCGGUGGCAGGAACAACUAUACACGACUCUCAGCUUAAUCUUCAUGUUUAUCUUGCCUCUUACGAUCUUAAUUUCUACCUACGUGUCGACAGUUAUCACAAUUGCUCGAAGUGGAAAAACUUUUAAGACGGGAUACGUACAUAGUAACCCGACAAAUCAACUCGCUGGCGAUGUCAACAGACGGAGGCUCAUGCAUCGAGCUAAAAGCAAAUCUCUGAGGAUUAGUAUUGUUAUUGUUGCUGCCUUUAUCAUCUGGUGGAUGCCUUACUACUGCAUGAUGAUCAUAUUCAUCUUCCUCAACCCUGAUAAACAUUUGAGUGAGGAUUUGCAGAACGGAAUAUUCUUCUUCGGCAUGUCAAAUAGUCUGGUAAAUCCGCUUAUAUAUGGAGCAUUUCAUUUAUGGCCCAAGAGACGAGGUCCGGCAUUUCGGUACAGAGACGGUUCAACUAUGCAGCAGCAUAGUACAACAACGCACGCAAGUUUCAUGGUAGCUACACGCGGUGGUAGCACGCGGAUAUCGCGAAAUCAGCCGCCGCGAUGGGUUGAGAGCAACAUGCAAGGAAAUUCUCAUGCAGCCGAUGAAGCGGUAUUAUUGAACAACACCGAAAGCCUCAAGAGCGCCGAGAAAUAUCCCAACCAAGCAGCCAAAGUUAUAUUGCAAUACAAUGUCGUUAAUAACGAGUUCAGAAAAAAAGUGAUUAAUCGACGGGACGCAGGGGACUGCUAGGUAUCUGCGGAAAGUG